AUGAACAUUGUCUACACUUGUUUCCCCUUUCCAACAUCCAUCUCUCUUUCUACCAUAAAACUGGUAACCAAAGACUUUUUUUUACGCCCUUAUCUUUUCUCGGCUACAAGGCAAAAAUUCAGUAGAAAAAGGGAUUUGGCAUUGCAAGCAGUUGCUUCGUUCUCAUUUCCACCUAUAGAUGUGGAUUGCUUGGCAAGUGAAUUCGGAAUUGACGGAGUCACUUUUUCGAGCAUUAGCGAUAGUUGUGUCAUUAAGAUGGCGCUCGAGAAUGGAAGCGUGGCCAAUGUGAUGCUGCCAAGUGGUUUAAUCACUUCAUUAAAGGUUCCAAUGUGGCACGGAGGCACAAUGGAGUUGCUGCACACAAGAGUCUCGGAGGGGGAGAAUGGUGGUGCUGUCAUUCAAGGAGGAAUAUCACUAGCCUUCAACUGCCAGAACGAUAGAGGUUCAUGGUGUCCAAAUAUUUGGGCCCUUCAUCAAGUUAAAGGAACUCCUCAAGAAUCAAUUCAGGUAGUAUUGAUUAGCAGAAAUUCCGAGGGCAAUGUUGAGAACACUGAUGAUGACUUGAAAAGAACAACGAGAAACAUAGAAGAGUGGGAGGGUGAGGAAAAAGACAACUACAAGCAUUUGACAGACGAAAUGAGCAGGAUUUAUACCAGUGCACCUCGAAAAUUCACGGUCAUUGAUCGGGGUAGAAGAAACUCAGUGGUAAUGAGAAGAGAUGGGUUCAAUGAACUUUACAUGUUCAGUCCUGGAUCAAGACACAAAUGGUACAGCAAAUAUUCUUAUAUAUGCCUAGGCCAAGCCGCCCUGCUACAACCCAUAAGCUUAGACUCGCAAAGUGAAUGGAGAGGAGGACAGCAUAUACACAACCCCAAUUUCUGA